AUAGUAACACCAUAUGGUGUUUAUCUUCUUGAGAAUCUCUCAAUGACAAGUAGGUACAACAUAUGCAACUAGUGAAUGUUUCCCAACUAAUAGCUCUCAACCACGUGUACGCACUGAUGAUUCGGACUCGAUAUUCUCUCUCACAGCAGAUAUAGCUUUAAUAGCCCCUGCUCUCAAGACACAAUCUCCCACACCAUCACACUUUACUACAUCUCUGAGUUAAAAUGUUGAAACAAGAGAGUAACAACAUUAGUAAUAGAGACAACAACAGAGGGGCACGAGCCUGCGACACAUGCCGGUCCACCAUCUGCACCGUGUACUGCCAUGCUGACUCUGCCUACUUAUGCACCAGCUGUGAUGCUCAAGUUCACUCUGCCAACCGCGUUGCUUCCCGCCAUAAACGUGUCCCUGUCUGCGAGUCAUGUGAGCGUGCCCCGGCUGCUUUUAUGUGUGAGGCAGAUGAUGUGUCUCUAUGCACAGCCUGUGAUUCAGAGGUUCACUCCGCAAACCCUCUUGCUAGACGCCAUCAGCGAGUUCCGGUUGUGCCGAUAACUGGAAACUCUUGCAGCUCCUUGGCCACUCCUCACCACACAUCAGUGACCGAGCCAGAGAAGAGAGCUGUGUUGGUUCAAGAUGAUCGGGAAGGUAAAGAGGAUGCCAAAGAGACGGCUUCAUGGGUGUUCCCUUACUCAGAUAAAGUCAAUCACAAUAACAACAACCAGAACAACGAGUUGUUGUUUAGUGAUGACUAUCUAGACCUUGCUGAUUACAACUCGAGUAUGGACUACAAGUUCACUGGUGAUUACAAUCAACAUCAACAUAAGCAAGACUGCACCGUACCACAGACAAACUACGGUGGAGAUAGAGUUGUUCCACUCCAACUUGAAGAAACAAGAGGAAACCUGCGCCACAAGCAACAGAAUAUCACAUAUGGCUCCUCAGGGAGUCAAUACAACUACAAUGGUUCCAUAAACCAUAACGCAAACAAUCCAUCAAUGCAAACUGACUUUGUGCCGGAGCCAACAGCACGUGUCACAACAGCUUCACACCAAAAGACGCCCAAAGAGACUAUACACCAACCACCAGAACCUCUAGUUCAGAUGCUCAGUCCAAUGGACAGAGAGGCUAGAGUCCUGAGAUACAGAGAGAAGAGGAAGAGAAGAAAGUUUGAGAAGACAAUAAGGUAUGCUUCAAGGAAGGCAUACGCAGAGAGAAGACCGAGGAUCAACGGACGGUUUGCAAAGAUGAGCGAGACCGAAGUAGAGGACCAAGAGUUCAACACGAUGUUAAUGUACCAUGACACAGGAUAUGGCAUUGUUCCUUCAUUCUAUGGCAAAAAUAAAGAAUACUAGACUGCUAGCUGUAAAUAACUGUUUAGUUUGUAAGAUUAUGUAAGGUUUGGUGUAAUCCUUGGCUUCAAGAAUGAUUACUUAUGCUGCUAUAUGUAUAAGGUUGUGUAGUUUUGGUGCUUAGCUAUUACUAAUUAGUAUUC